AUGAUUGUACAAAUACAAGAAGGUUCCUCAACAGAGACUGGAACACCCGUACUAACGCUGGAGCCAAUGUGGAGGAGAUUCUUAACGGGUGACUGGAUCAUUCUUAGAUGUGAUGCUGGUCGAGAGCUUCAUUCUGUGAGAUAUAAGUGGUUCGUAAACAACAAUAUCAAAGAGUUCAGCGAGAAGAUUUACACCAUUGAGGCUGCUGGAAUAGAGCAUAAUGGGGAAUACAGAUGCCAAACUUUGACACAAACAACAGCCGACAGUAACAGCAUUCUCGUGAGAGUAUCCGUCCCUGUGAGCUGCCCAUCCAUCAGCUCAGAUCUGAAGGAGCCCGCUGUGUCCAUCGGUGACCACUUUCCCAUCCGGUGUACGUCUGAAAAUGGGACACUGCCUAUAAACCUCAUGCUUUACCACGACCACCACCCCCACCCCCUGAGGAACACAACAGUCGUUGACUCCAGGACAGCCACCUUCCAUGUCACCGUGCCACCUGAUGGGGAGGGCGCUGCGUACUCCUGUGGUGCUGCCAAUGCCGUUGCCCACGUUAUCAACUGCAGUGAGCCGCUCGUCCUCACUGUGUCAGGUCCCACUGGGAAAUUUGCUCUGCAGGUCGGAGGUUCUGCUGUUGCUGCCGUUCUCCUCAUUGUUUUCCUGCUUCUGUUUGCUGUCUGCAAACUCCAUCAUAAAGAGAGACAUCAGGACACCUCUGGUUCCCAAUCCAGGAGAGACACCAGCAGCCCCAAUCAUGAUGAAAUUGUGUACUCUGUUGUCCAAGCAAAGAAGAAAGAAGGAGGCUCCGUCAGGACAAGAAGAGAACCACAGGAGUCUGACAGUCGUGUGACUUAUGCGUCAUUAAUGUACCUUGAAACACCAAAGGUCCGAGAGGCAAGUGCCAGAGGGGAGGAAGAAAAUGGCUCGUCCAUCUACCAGAACUUUCAGAGGAGGUAGUCACAGAGAUCUGCUGCCCCUGCUGAUGAGGAAGAGAAGUUCCUUCUGGUGGCAGGCAGGGGUCUGUUCAUUUGUCAUCUUCAACUGAAGAAUGGACCAAAUCAACAUGGGAACUUCACAUCAGAGAAAUGUCACCUGGUUGUUCUGUCAUUCUAGAAUGCAGUUAGUUCCCCAAAUGCUGUGCACAUAUCCCUAACCCUCAGUAGCCGUAGAUGAACAGGAUGUCUUCUGCCCAAAGCUAUGGUUUAACAUCUUCACCCAAUUCUAAAUCCUCAUGUUUGGGAGCCACGUAGCAAUGGACUGCUGCCUCAUAUAGAGUCAUGCAGCACAGAAACUGACCCUUUGAUCCAACUUGUCCAUGCCAACCAAACUUCCCAAACUGAGCUCACCCCUCCUGCCUGUGCUUGGCUCAUAUCCCUCCAAACAUUUCUUAUUCAUUCAUUUAUCCAAGUGUCCUUUAAACAUUGUAAGUGUACCCGCAUCCAUCACUUCCUCUGGAAGUUCAUUCCAUAC